UUCAUCCAUCGUCUAUGCGCUGGAAUAAAAACACUGAAAACGAACUCGAUCUCCAACAGUUGUGAGGGACAAAGUGUUUAGUAUUAGGUGGGUAGUUAUGGCUUCGCUCGCUCAUCUCACGAUCGCUGGUAUUGCUUUGAGCAUCUUGCUGACGGGUGGACAAGAAACGCACGCGUACUUCAAGAUUCCUCCAAAGCGUGUAACGGCAUAUGAGCUCGCACACUACUUCCUCAAUCCCAUGCCUAACGACCUACAACCCGGACGACACGAUAAGCGAGAUGCUGGUGACGAGUUUCCUUUUACCUACAACGUGGUUUAUGUCUUGGACUCAUCGACAUCAAUUACAAAAGUUGACUUUGAAAACGGUAUCAAGGCGAUACAACUACUGACGGCAAAGGCGCGGAAUGACACCAAGUUCGCCCUGAUCUUGUACGCGGCUGAGCCUGUUAUGGUUACUAACUUUACGACCCAGGCCUCCAUGCUACAGUUACUGACCAACGUACAAAGACUCUAUGGCAAGACCAACACCUUCUCUGCGCUGGAACUUUGCAGAAAACUAUUCUUUGUGAAGAGUGGUUCCCUUAACCGCGUGCUGCUAGUUACGGAUGGUCUAUCAAAUAUGAACCAAGACAAAAUGCUAUACGAAGCAUUCCAGCUAAAAAUGAGUAACAUAGAGAUCUUCGUGGUGGCUGUAGGCCGGUACAAUUACGGCGCGGACGAGAUCUCGUCCCUGUCCUCUAUACCCACGACCCAUAUCUACCGCGUGGAAAGCAUGAGGGGACUGGUUCGGAUCAUCAUGUGGAUACCAACUGGGGAGAGAGGUUGACUUGCCAUAUCUUGCUGUUUGGCCCCGCCGUCAUCGCUUAUAACGCAUGCGCAAAGUGUAGGUGAUGACCACCAAGAUUCCGAACUAUUCGAAUUUCACGUGGUGUUGGUUUGCCUGUGGUUGGGGUCGUGUCGUCAGGACUCUGUACUCUUUGGUACGUUUGGCUCUUCUCACCUACCCAUAUCAACCGAAGGUUUGGGUUGCAAAGAGUCUCGCGGACUUCGUCGCGCAUUAUUGCCGAGUACUCGUUUGGAUUGUCCAAAGAUAUCAUAUAGUCUAAGUAUGUGCAGCCCAGUGUUUGGUAGCGUUCUCAGUGCAAACGAUACUUCUUUUGUAUGGUAGAUUACCUCAGCAAUGCUAGAGACAAAGCCAAACAUCUAUGGCCUUUAAAGGAUUAUCAUUUAUAGCCGUAGCAGACAUAGCAUAAUUAUUAAGCGGGGGGGGGGGGGGGGGCUGCGAUACAGAAACAUUAAGAAAACAAUGGGGGGCACAGCCACGCCCCUACUGGUCAUUUCCUUAUAAUUUUUGAAAAUAUUUGGAUGCCCGGGCCAAGUGCCCCAUUCCCUGCUGCGGUCCUAGCAUUUCAUAAUAAUAAUAUCCAUAUAAUAUCUUGUGAUCCUGCUCUUCCAAUCACCAGUCGUUUUUUAAAAUAGGCAUAUGAGGCGUUCUCUUCUUCAAUCUUCAUUCGAAAAAUGACAUCACAACAGUAGUUUCGAGCUUUUCAAACAAGCUGUACGGCAAGAGCUGAAUAAAUUCCAAUGUUGGAAAA